GGUAGCGGCAAGACACAUGAAUCUCAACCAAAUCUCAAUAAUAUUACAAAACAACAAAAUGAAGCGAAGAAACUAUAAGUACUUUGUGUGCGCGUGUGUACUAGUGUAUAUAUACUAUUUCUUUGGUGUAAGUGACUAUUUAUUCUCGAAGAGUUUCGAGGAUGACUUCGAUUAUCCUCUCAAUGUGGACAUACGAAGUAUAGUGAGUGACGUCAUGCUCGGCAAGAAGAUAAGUGUGACUCCAAUCAACUACUACCCCUACAGGUUCUUGACUAACUCCGGAAAAUGUUCUACAAUAGAAAAACUGGACUUGUUCAUCGUGGUCAAGUCUUCCAUGGAUCAUUUCGGCCACAGGAAUGCAAUACGACAAACUUACGGCCAAGAAACCCUACCAGGACGAACUGUCAAAACUUUAUUCUUUCUCGGAAUCGAUGGUCAACCUAAAUCUGAUCUACAAAGGCGAAUCGAUCAAGAGAUGGCUGAGUACAAGGAUAUAAUACAAAUCGAUUUUAGAGAUCAUUAUUAUAACAAUACUAUUAAGACGAUGAUGUCGUUCCGCUGGGUGUACGAGCACUGCUCCACAUCCGACUUCUACCUGUUUACCGACGACGAUAUGUACAUCUCCGUCAGAAAUCUACUGGACUACGUACACGAGAGGGACGAGGCGAGCCAGACUGAAGCAAAUCCAUCGAAGGAAACAAACGAAGUUGAAUCUUCAGGCGUCACGAGAACAGCUGAUUUAGAUAAAGACCAACUUUUCGCUGGAUACGUGUUCAAGUCAGCUCCGCAGCGAUUUCGGUCGAGUAAAUGGAGAGUGUCGCUCGACGAGUACCGCUGGAACAAGUGGCCCGCGUACGUCACGGCGGGCGCCUACGUCCUCUCCAACAAAUCUAUGAAAGUCAUGUACAUCGCUAGUCUGUUCGUCAAACAUUUCCGGUUCGACGACAUUUAUUUGGGCAUAGUGGCCAAGAAAGUUGGCGUCACCCCAACUCACUGCCCAAACUUUUAUUUUUACAAAAAAGCUUAUAGUAAGCUUAAUUAUAAAGAUGUUAUAGCUUCUCAUGGUUACGGAAACCAUGAGGAGUUGAUAAGAGUGUGGAAUGAACAGAACACUGUUGUGUGACUUGUAUUUUGUGUUUUGUAAAUGAUUGUACAAUUUUUAUCAUUCCAAAGGAAUUGAAAUUAUUUUGACUAAGCUCAUAUGGCUUUUGUGCUGGCGUCUUAGUUGGUGUAAGACGAAAGAAAAUUAAGGCCUAAAUAAACAGUUUUACGAACAUUACAACUGUCGCAAAAUAGGCUCAUGGCAGAAAAACUUAGAACAAGAAAUGUGAUCACAUUUUAAACAAAAAACUUAUAGUAACUGCAUGAUGUGCUUCGUAUAUAAUAUACAUGUAGUUUAGUUGCUAAGUCAUUUCUUGCCUUGUCUUUAUUACUGUUAUUAGUAAAUCUAAUGAUUCCAA